GAGCUAGCCCAUAUAGCGGCCCACAAUAAGCCAUUAACGCUGCAAUUGAUACGAUCAUCCAUUACUGCAACUUCCUCCACCCCUCCCUAUGCAAUUAUCUUCUCCAACUUCAAUUCCACGACUCAAACCUCAAGUUAGCCGUCUGCCCAUGGCUUCCCUUUCCAAACAAGAUAAGCAAGGUUCCUCUGUUAAGAAUGUUGCUGUAAUUGGAGCUGGUGUUAGUGGGCUAUCUGCAGCAUAUAAGUUGAAAUUGCAAGGGUUAAACGUCACAGUCUUCGAAGCUGAUGGGAGAGUUGGAGGAAAGUUAAGAAGCAUUUCUCGUGAUGGUUUGAUAUGGGAUGAAGGCGCAAACACUAUGACUGAAAGUGAGGCACCUGUUGGGUUUUUGCUUGACAAUCUUGGACUUAGAGAUAAGCAACAAUUUCCACUUUCACAACAUAAACGUUAUAUAGCUAAAAACGGAGUGCCGGUACUGUUACCAUCAAAUCCUGUUGCGCUUAUCAGAAGUAAUUUUCUUUCGGCAGGGUCAAAGCUUCAAAUAUUUUUGGAGCCAUUUUUGUGGAAAAAUAAUAAUGCAUCCAAGGGGCCUGAUGAAAAAGAAAGCGUUGGUGUUUUCUUCCAGCGACAUUUUGGAAAAGAGGUUGUUGACUAUCUUAUUGAUCCUUUUGUUGCUGGAACUAGCGGUGGAGAUCCUGAGUCUCUAUCAAUGCAACAUGUAUUUCCAGAUAUAUGGAAUCUUGAGAAAAGGUUUGGUUCAAUCAUAUCUGGUGCUAUUCAAUCUAAGUUAUCUGCUAAAAAGGACACAUCUGGUGGAAUGGACUCUUCAGCAAAGAAGAAGCAAAAACAUGGUUCAUUUUCAUUUCUAGGUGGGAUGCAGACUCUCACCAAUGCAUUGUGCAAUGAACUUGGCAAAGAUGAACUUAAACUUCAAUCUAAGGUGCUGGAAAUUGCUUGUAGUUGCAGUGAGAUGUCUCCUCAAGAUAGCUGGUCAAUUUCUUAUGAAUUGAAUAACAAAAAGCUUUCCAGUGAGAAGUCCUUUGACGCAUUAAUAGUCACAGCCCCACUUUCUGAUGUUAAACAAAUGAAGAUUACCAAACGAGGAAGCCUGUUUCCCCUAGAUUUCAUUCCUGAGGUUAGUUAUUUACCAAUGUCUGUCAUAAUCACGACAUUUAAGAGGGAGAAUGUAAAGCGACCACUUGAAGGCUUUGGCGUUCUUAUACCCUCAAAAGAGCAACAAAAUGGUUUGAGAACACUUGGCACCCUCUUUACAUCGAUGAUGUUCCCAGAUCGGGCACCCUCUGAUGUUUAUCUCUACACUACAUUCAUUGGUGGAAGUAGAAAUCGGGAACUAGCGAAAGCUUCAAGUGAUGAAUUGAAGCAGAUAGCGACUUCUGAUCUCAGACAGCUAUUAGGUGCAGAGGGGGAACCUGCCUUUCUGAAUCAUUAUUAUUGGAGCAAAGCAUUUCCCUUGUAUGGGCUAAAUUAUGGUUCGGUCAUUCAAGCUAUUGACAAGAUGGAAAAAGACCUCCCAGGACUUUUUUACGCUGGAAACCACAAGGGAGGAUUAUCAGUUGGCAAAGCAAUCUCAACCGGCUGUCAAGCAGCUGAUCUUGUUAUGCAAUAUCUUAACUCUAGUUCUGAUGCUAAAGAGAAAUUGUGAUGAAGAGAUAUAUCCCUUGUUGGUACGAGAUACCGUGACUGCUGAAUAUCUGUACAGGAACGAGGUUCCACCCAGUGAACUACGAGUCGAUCUUUGGUAAAGCACGCUGUGUAUCAGUAGGCAAAACGGGUCACGGGCUGCAGUCGGGUCGAGCCCUGCCAAAAGGGACAGCUUGUGAUCGUCUAUCUAAAACUAUUCUACUUUAUGUGAUUAACAUUACUCUCUAGUACAUUUGCUAUAAUUCUUGAUCUAUUCAAGAAUUGUGGAAUGUAUCGAUUGUUGUAUGUUAGUAGACGACAAUGAUGUUAGUUUGGUGCUUUGUCUUUUAGCUUUUUGUCA